CAGUGUCCAGUUGUAUCGAGUCACAGUUCGAAUUGCGAACCGUGAGCGACAGUAACAAUCAUUGAGUGCGUUAACCCCACUUUAGUUGUUGUUGUGCUUCGAAAUAAGAACAGAGACAAUGGCUGCCUGCAAAAUCGCUCUAGCGCUCACAAUCUUAAUUGCCGUAGUGAAGGCACAAAGGCCAUUCUACGCCGGACUGAGCCCUAUCGGAUACCCGGCCGUGGAAGCGGAUCUAAUAUCGAACAGGUUCGGUGAAGAUGACUCCUACCCUAUUGACGCGAGAGGCGACGGCAAUCUCAUAAACAGACUCAACCAACUGCCCGUCGAUAAUCAACCUUUCUGGUACCUCAACUGGAGGCAGUAUGAAAACUUCAGGCGUAACCCACAAACCUACCCUCAGAGGCAGAACAGCUUCAUCGGUACCAAGUAGAAGAAAUUUAAUAUUCGGAUGUACGAAUCGAUUUAGAAUCUCGAACUCACAACUCGAUUCUAGACUGAUAAAUAAAUAUGCGAAUCGAAAUUGGAAUUUGUGGAACCGCGUCCGGCACUAACGUCUGCCUGAGAUUCUAAAUUCAAACAGUAUUAAUAUAUUUUUGAGUGUGAUCGUGUUGUGUGAUGGAUGAUUUAAAAAUGGAAUUUUAAAUUUCAAAAUUGGAAUUCGUUCCUUAGAAUUGAACUAUUUUUUAUUGGCUCUAUGAUGGAUGAUCUGUCAUCGGCUAGCAAAAAUUGUGAAGUGCCAGUGCAAAAAAUAUUCAGUUUGUUGUUAAUUAGGUUAAGAAAUUUUGUUAGUGUAAUACUUGCAACAAUUGCCAUUAUAUUGCAUUUAUUUUAAUUGGUAAAUUAAAAUAUAUAUUUUUAUUAGAUAA